CACCACUUCACCUCCAUCAUCAGCCUCACUCCCGACAAUGCCGCUCCUUUAAUACAACACACACCUCCUCCCACCUCACGCAUCUCAACCAUGCCACCCCUCCACCUCCAACACCUCCACCUCCCCCUCCUAACCCCCUACGCCACCGCGCAAUCCCUCCAAUCCUCCCUCGUCCGCGCCUUCCUAACCCACAAACACACCCCCUCCACCCCCCUCCCCCCCCCAACCCUCCUCACCUUCACUCCCCCCCCCAUCUACACCACCGGGCGCCGCGAGCUUCCCUCCUCCUACCCUCCCUCACUAAGAGCCACCCUCCGCGCCCCUCUCGAUUCAAAUACCAGCGGGGCGGAUUUCACUCCAGCUUCAAGAGGGGGGUUGAUUACCUUCCAUGGCCCGGGACAGUUGGUUAUCUACCCGACGAUAUCACUCAACCACCCCCCCAGCUUCAGGAAACCGACAAGUCCGCGCUGCUACGUCUCUCUCCUCGAAACAGUCACCAUCCGCACCCUAGCCCACUAUGGCAUCGAAGGCUUCCGCACAGCUGAUCCAGGGGUAUGGGUUAACCCCCGCCACAACCGUCUCGCCGACCCAUCAUCACCAUCGAUAGAAGGGGCCACAGAAAAAAAAAUCGCAGCCCUAGGCGUCCACCUCCGGCGCAACAUAACAAGCCACGGCGUCGGGCUAAACAUCAGCACCGACCUGCGGUGGUUCGAUCGCAUAGUCGCCUGCGGGAUCGAGGGGAAGGGCGUUACCAGCCUCGCUGAGGAAGGGGUGGUGGGUAAAACUGUGGAAGAAGUUGCGAGGGUCUGGGUAGAUGCAUUUGCUGCGGAGGUUGGCGCGGAGGUGGUGAGGAGUGUGGAGGUGGGGGAGGUGUUGGAGCAGGUGGGGGUGGGGAGGUUGGAGGAUUUGGUGGAGGGGAGGGGGGGGAUGGGGAUGUGA